AGAAUUGCCCCUUUGGGUGCUCUUGGGACGGCUUAUUGGGCAAGUGACACUGUAAAUUCUGGGUUCCAGCUUGUUUUUAAUCUAUCUGGCUCUGUUUAUAUCUCUGCAAAAAAUGGAACUAUUAUAAGCAAUUUAAUCUCCUCCAGUUCUUAUUCAAAUGAAGGUUUCUACCAUCGAGCCAUUCUGGAUUACGAUGGCGUUUUCAGGCAAUAUGUGUAUCCAAAGAGCGAGAACGCUACUCCUGAGGGUAAGUCUUGGAUUAGUCUCUCAGAUUUCAUUCCUUCAAAUAUCUGUGAUAGAAUAGUUGGUGGGUUAGGAAGUGGAGUAUGUGGGUAUAAUAGCUAUUGUGAAACUGACGAAAAUCAUAGACCAUCUUGCAAAUGCCCACAAGGGUAUCGAAGGGUUGAUCCAAAAGAUGAAAUGAAAGGCUGCAGUCCAAAUUUUGUUCCUCAAACAUGCGAGGAUUCUGAUCUUGAAGCUAAUAAAUUCGAUUUCUCUGUCAUUGAUAACACAGAUUGGCCUAAAAUUGAUUAUAUGGGAUACUCAGGGGAAGAUGAGGAUUGGUGUAGAACAGCUUGUUUGAAUGAUUGUUUUUGUGCUGCUGUGGUUUCUGAAUCAGGGAAUUGUUGGAUGAAGAAGUUUCCUCUUUCAUUUGGAAGAGUUAACCGUGAUUACAACGGUAAAUCUUUGAUCAAAUAUAGGAAGGAUAACUCUAGUUUGAUAGCUACUGAUCUUGUCAUGAAAUACAAGGACAAAACAUUUGUGGUUAUUGGAUUAGCUCUUAUUGGUGGCUCAGGUUGUCUGAUUUUCAUGUUCUUGCUGGUUAGUUUUCUGAUUGUUUGUCGAAAGAGUAAGAACGGAUAUCGAUCCUUGGUUAUUUCCGGAAAGCUACCAGUUCUUGGAAUGAACCUGAGAAGUUUUAGCUAUGAAGAGCUAAACAAGGCCACAAAUGGGUUCAAGGAGAAGCUGGGAAGUGGUGCUUUUGCUACUGUUUAUAAAGGGAUUGUUGACUCCAUGGACAACGGCUUGGUAGCUGUUAAGCUAUUGGAUAAUACAGUGAAAGAAGCAGACCAAGAAUUCAAAGCUGAGGUCAGUGCUAUAGCUCGAACGAACCACAAGAAUUUGGUUCGAUUGCUCGGUUUCUGUAAUGAACAGCUACACAGACUGCUAGUUUAUGAGUUCAUGGCUAAUGGGUCUCUAGCAGAUUUUCUUUACGGACCGCCUUCAAACUGGAACAAGAGAAUUCAUCUGGCUAUAGGAACUGCUAGAGGGCUUAAUUAUUUACAUGAAGAGUGCAAAACUCAGAUUAUUCACUGUGAUAUUAAGCCUCAAAACAUCCUUAUUGAUGACACUUUUUCUGCAAGAAUUGCAGACUUUGGUUUAGCCAAACUCUUGAAGAAAGACCAGACUCGAACCGUGACCGCCAUUAGAGGAACGAAAGGGUAUGUGGCUCCAGAAUGGUUCAGGAACCUCCCGAUUACCGUGAAGGUAGAUGUUUAUAGCUUUGGAAUUGUGCUGUUGGAGAUCGUUUGUUGUAGAAGAAGCUUUGAAAUGAAAGCGGAGGCUNUCCGAGGGUGA